UAUUAAUCUCUCUGUGGAUUACUUUGUCAAUAUUAAGACGAAGUAUGUCUGUUUUUUGACAUGUGGAAAGAGUAAUUGGAAUCACAAGUUUGUCAAGAUAAUGUCUUUCCAUAAUAUUGCAGUAAUAACUGGACAUAUUAGCACCAGACAAAAAUUAGAUUUAAAGCUUAUCAACUUAUGUUUAAAACAAACUUCAGUACCUAUUGGAAUAUUAAUAAAUCCAAAAUGUCCAUCAUUCGAAGACGUCAUGUCUUAUGCUUCAGAAAAUUUACUGUUCGACACAACACACAAAUGGCUGAUUAAUGAAGAAACCAAAAUUUUACGUGAUGAUUUAUCUUUAAUAAUAAAUGAAAAAUACGAUUAUGAAGAUUUUAAUACAACAGAAAGAGCAAAUGAUGCGGCCGAUAUUGAGACUCCUAUCAUUAAUGUACUUAACAAUCUUAACUUGAGCGUUGACGCUGAUAUCACGGUUUCAAUAAGGAAAGACUCUUGGAGAUAUGAUUUGUACGAGAUGUUCAACUUUGGCAAAUGUCGUGGAGGAAAAUUUAUAAUUCAACAUAUAGGUAGUUGGGAUGAAGAGAAAGGCUUAAACCUUUCCAAGAUGUUUAAAUAUUAUCGAAGGUGGAAUUUUCAACAGAUGCCCCUCAAAAUGAUCAUAUCUAUGACUCCAGUACCAAAGGUGUUUCAUCCAGAGAUGUUAUUAGGUAGGAUCCCAGAUCCUUCAGUCGCUGUCGUAAGUCAAACUGGUUCCCAGGUGCUGAACGAAAUAGCAGAAAUUCACAAUUUCAGGUACACCUACACUGUAGUCGAUCGAUGGAUCGGUGACUAUAAUCGGAAUCAUUCAUAUGUAAUAACAAACGGUCUUUACUUCAGGGAACACGACAUAACACCAGUUCUGCGAUUAUUACCAUCUCAUUUUUCAAGAUUUGACGUGGUUUUCCCCACUGUUACACUUAUCGAAACAAGAUACUACUACAGAAUCCCGUCUUAUGGCAUUGGAAAGUUCGAAAAUCAAUUCUUACAACCACUGUCUACUGCCACCUGGUGGUGUGUGGUAGCCAUGGGAGCACUCUGUGGUAUUGUCUUACUGCUAUCAGCGAUCGUGGAAGAACCUCCAAUAACCCUUGAUUAUGCGUUUUUCUCAGUCCUGGCACUGAUUUGCCAACAAUUUUUUGAAGAAGUUGAGGAUUUAAGGCGCGUAUCAUCAGCCCGUAAGUUAACGACAUUAGUAACUGGAUUUUCAUGCAUUCUCAUAUACAACUACUACACAAGCAGCGUUGUGAGCUGGCUCCUCAAUGGACCCCCACCCUCCAUCAACUCUCUGUGGGAACUCAUCGACAGCCCACUGCAGCCGGUUUUACAAGAUACAGGAUACUCAUAUUCAUGGUUACAGAUGCCGGAUUAUUAUUAUAACAAAAAGAACGCAAAAGCCGAAGAUGAAAUGAAGAAAAAAAUAUUAAGUGUGAAGAAGAAAAUAAAUAAUAUUUUGAUAUCAGUGAACGAUGGUAUUGAUUUAGUUAGGCAAGGAGGUUACGUGUACCAUACUGAUGUGAACAGCGCAAAUAGCAGGAUAUCUCAAACAUUUACACAAACGGAACUGUGUGAUUUGGAUUCAUUGAAUUCAAUGGAGAAAAACGUAUUGUACCCAUGUGUACAGAAGCAUAGUCCGUAUAGAGAAUUUUUUAUUUGGAGUCUAUCUCGUCUCAUGGAAAGGGGUAUAAUACGAUGUAUACAACAACGGACAUGGUCUCAUGGCGUGAAAUGUGAAGGCAGUUCCCCGAGAGCUUUAGCUUUAGGAGGUGCUGCUCCAGCAUUCAUACUCCUAGCAGCUGGAUAUAUUUUAGGGACGGUCAUCAUGUUAUUUGAAAGACUUAAAUGGAAACACGACGAGUCGAGACUUAAACGCUUUUAACUACGAAGUACAAGCACUUAUAAAGCUUAAAUCUAACUUAUCAAUAAUGUUCACUACACUUUGCCUUUCAC